UGAGAGCCCACAUUAAAUCAGCCAGAUAAAUUUGUAGGAGUUGUUUGCGUGUAAUUAAGUGACCGUUUUCAGGAAAUGCAAGGAAAUGGGCGCGUUUCGCUGGAAUAUGAAUCUGGGUGUAUGAAAUUACACGGAAAGUGUGCGUAGAUGGAGCGCGUGUUAUAAUGAGCGUGGGUCCAAGACAAAAUGGCGACGUGCAGGCAACUAUCACAAAGCGGCAUGAUCGUGUGUGUUUUCGUAAAUGAGGAAAUACUUAAAUAGACACCACAGGUGAAUUGGAAUACUGAAGUCAGGCAAGUCAUGCGCUCUUUCGGUUAGAUCGAUCAGAGUGGCUAAAGUCAGUCAGCUCGCUAAAGAUCUCUUGCACCCAUCCCCUGAGGAGGAGAAGAGGAGACACAAGAAGAAGAGGCUUGUGCAAAGCCCUAACUCUUACUUCAUGGAUGUGAAGUGUCCAGGGUGCUACAAGAUCACCACAGUGUUCAGCCACGCGCAGACUGUUGUGCUGUGUGUGGGCUGCUCCACAGUGCUCUGUCAGCCCACAGGAGGGAAGGCACGCCUCACUGAAGGAUGUUCAUUCAGGAGGAAACAACAUUAGCUGCUUGUUGGAAGGCUGGCGCUGAACUGGAGAAGCUCAGCACUUUUUAUUUAGUUUGGACUGUAGCAGAGUCAGAGGGCCGCUGAACUGCGUUAGGCCCGAUACCUGGAAGAGGAGACGUGAACCAGCUGGACUGACUGAUCACUGUAACUCCAAGCUAUGGCCUUGUCUCAAUAAAUGUGGUCUUUUGGGUAGAAGUUGGGGAUCACAUAUAAUUGACCUGUGAUUUCUUUCUUGUUUUUUAUCCAGUUUUCUUAUAUGAUUAUAAUAUGAAAUUUCUUCUACCUGUGAUUUUUGGAGACAUCUAAGGUAGUUUCUUUCAACCUGGUCCUCAGGUUGAGAAACCGUGUUCUGGAGAUUAGGGAGAAUGUAUGAGAGUGAUUCUGGAGCAUUCAUAUGCCUGUAAUUCCUUCAGCAUAUGCAGUGGUCAGUUGUAACACCUGGAAGCCACAUGCUGCUUUGUGGGUUUUCCAAACAGUUUUUUGUGAGUAAUUUUUUUUAAUUUUUUAAUUCUGGACCUUUUUCAGCUUCAGGUAAAAUAGUGAUUCUGUCUGGAGUUUGACUGAAACUUUGAAUGUGGCAGAAAAAAAUGGCAGCAGGCUGGAGAGUAACCCUAAGGGGAGCCAGUGGAGAAGCCAUUGCUAACAGGUUAAAGUCCUUGGUCACUAAAAGUUACUUUUUUAUCUAUAGAUAAGAGAGAUCUAAUCCUGAGCCAUUCUCUGCCUUGCACUGGAAUAGACUCCGUACCACCCAGCAAAAUAGAAAACGAAUAGAUGUUUCUGGAUUUUGUGUUUCAAUCAUUUCAAGAAUUAAGCUUUCUUUGAUAUGAAAAAAUACAUGGAUUAAUAGGGAAGAUGGUAUUAGUCUUUACAGUGCAUGGUUCUCCAAGUAAGUUCCUAAUAUAAGGAUUAUGAGUUUGAGUUCUGGCUCUGGUGAAAUAUCUGCUUGUUUUAUUCAUCGGAAUACUCGUCUAAAUAUGAGAGCAUCAGGGUCAUUUUACCUCUUUGGUUUUGGGGAGUGGGGAAGGGUUAUCAUGUUUGAAGACUUUUUCUCUGUUUUAAUCAGGAGAGGAUACAUAACCUUAAAUCCCCUGGCUUGUAUUUAUGAACUACUUGAAUUUUAGUGCUGAAUGUCUGAAUCUGUUGUUCCUGUCAUGUUCCAAACAGAUCUGCUUGCACAUCAGCCUUCCUCAGUUAUCAGGUUAUAAAAAGAGUCAUAGGUGACAUGCUAUUACAUAAUCAAAGUUAUCUGACAGAUUAAAAAAAACAAAGUCAGUCCAUUUGAAGUGUUCUCUCUUUUCUGCUUAUUAGAGUUCCUUUAUAGUUUGGUGGCUCAGGUGUCAACAACUCUUCUGGCUGUACUGUCCGUGAAGUAAAUUGUCAGACAAAUCAUUCCUACUGAUCUUUGGGUUUUAUGUUUGUGAGAAUAGUUAUAUCUUAGAUAAUUUUUUCAUUGACUAUAUCUUUGUUUAUUCAUGUGUAUGUGAAGAACAGUGUUUUUUUUAUGGGGAAAACAAUGCUAAUACCUUUACAGAUUGCUUAUGUAAGAGAAAUACCAGAAUACCCAAAUAGGCUUUGCAAAACAUACUGUUCCCUGCAGAAUGGCAAGUAAAGAAGCUUAUUAAACCUGUUCAUUGACCUUC